CCCAGACCAAACCCAGCAUGUUCAGAUCAUGCACACUUCUCUCAUGCUCAUUAAUCCUGCUCUCCAUUUCCAGCUCAGGGGAGUGUAGGCCUCGACAAGCCCAGGAGCUGACACUUGACGUGGACACUUACAGACUCCAGCUAGUGGAGGCGCUCAAGAUGGGAAUCCUGAACUCACUUGGCAUGGACAAAGAGCCCGAAAUUACCCGAAAGGUGUCCGAACAAGAGUUGAGGAAGAUGUCUCGGCUGUACCGGGAAAAAGUGAGGGAGCUGAGAGGAAAUUUCGUGAGAGCCACUAAGUCGAUGGUGCUUUACCCAGCUACAGCAUGUCAACCUCUGUUGCCGCCUGGUCAACACAUGCAAUGGUACCGAGCAGUUUUCCAGAAGAACCCAAACAUCCAAGGAGGAGCCAUUCCGACCAGAGCUGAACUAAAGGUUUCCAGGCAGAUUCCAAUGCAACCAACACAGUCUGAGGCGAGGCAAAGGAUUGAAGUUCAAGUCGUGAAGGCAGUAAACUUCACCAAAUGGACUCACACAGACCAUCAUGAUGUGUCACCCCUUCAAAAUGUGACAAUGGACAUCACCUCAAAGGCAACAAAGUGGAUAAGAACAGAUGACUCGUCACUAGUCGUGGAUGUUCAGACGACCGUGGGGGAAGGCCGACCAAACAUAUCACUGGAAUUAGACUUAAUUCAACCUGGAGCAAUUCGAAGACUGCCUCGCUCCAACAGAGAGGACGAGUGCAAUGAGCAAGGCUGGUGCUGCCGCAAAUCCGUCAACGUGUCUUUCAAAGAUAUCGGCUGGACCGACUGGAUCGUGGCUCCGACGGAGUACACCAUGCACCUGUGCGAUGGCGCCUGCCCUCACAACUACAAGCCUGCUAGCAUGCACACGCAGGUUAAGUCUCGCCUGUAUCAAAUCCUAAAGGGCGGCUCGCCUCGGCCUUGCUGCGUCCCGGCCGCCUAUGAACCCAUGGUUAUCAUGUACAACGAUGGGAGGGGCAAGUUGAAACUGACGCCUUUUAGUGACCUGAUAGUCACCAAAUGUCAUUGCGCCUAAGGCGCACAACAAAAAAGACGAUUUGCUAAUUAUUUGGUUAUAUGUUUUAUUUAUUGAAAGUUUAUUUAUUGCCCUAACGGUUGUAACUCAUUGACUGCCAUUGUCACCAAAAGAUUAAUUGGGGUAGCUGGCAUUGAAUGAUUGUUUCAGUGCUAUUAACGGCGAUAGAUGUUCAAUCCAUUUGGAUUGGAAGGGUAACUGUCAGCCCUCCUAGUCCAAAUUUAUUGAACGUGUAUCACGGUCAGUGGCUACCAAUGUUAAUUUAUGAAAUAACAUUA